AUGACAGACCCGACACUCCCACAUGACCACACCGCCGACCAUUGUCAAUGCCUCUACCUGUUAAGGGUCCUGCAGCCUCUGGGAUUGCGCCAGGGCAUCUUUACCUUCGUCAACUUCAAGUGCAACGGGUGUGGAUACCAUUAUAUUUUCCCAAAGUGGUACCAGCGCAUCGUCCGCCGCUCGCCCGCGCUUUCAGCUGGUACUAGCUCUCGCCAGCAGAUCGCUCGUCCCUCCUCUCGUACUAGACUGAGGGUGCUGCGCGAGCCGCUGGGUCACGCUCGGGGCAGGGGCAAAUGGUCAGCCACAAUUUACUUACUAUAUAACGUGUGGUUUGCGGCUGAUCUCUAUUAUUUGGCCAACGAUCACGUGACCAGGAUCGCCGCACAGAUCUGCCGCACUGUGAUCGCCGCACUUUCGUAUUCAGAGAUGUCCUCUGCACCUCUGCGAUAA